UCAGUUGUCAAUAAAUGUGACCAUGUCACAAUCAAAUUUAUAAAAUGUGUAAAAGAAGUAAACAAUAUAUAUAUAAAUACAAAUAAAAUGACUAACAGAUCAAAUACAACAUUAUACGCUAACGCUGAGUCCGAUUUCUCAGAUUGGUCAUCUAGUGAAGAAAAAAGUCAAAGAAAUACAAACUCCAUAACUCUACCACUUUAUACAGCGAAAAAGGAUGAAAGCAGUAAGCCAAAGAAAAAGAAAAAACAACCAGUAACAGUUUGCCUCACCCAUUGUAGGUACGAUGUCAUUCGAAGAGUUGCACAAAAGUUUGGAUUCCGGGAAGUAGCUGAAGGAGAAAACUGGAACAUGUAUUGGAUGGAUUUAUCUAUUACAGUUGAUAGAUGUAAAGAUAUGAAAAGAUUUCAAAAAAUUAAUCAUUUUCCAGGUAUGCUAGAAAUAUGCAGGAAAGAUUUACUUGCUAGAAAUUUAAACAGGAUGAUAAGAUUGUUUCCCAGGGAUUAUAACUUUUUCCCAAAGACUUGGUGUUUUCCAGCUGAUCUUGGUGAAGCGUUAACGUAUAGUAGAGUAAGAAAAAACAAAACAUUUAUUUUAAAACCAGAUGCAGGAAGUCAAGGUAGAGGAAUUGUGAUAACGAAAUCACUGAAAGAGAUACGUCCUUGUGAUAGGGGUAUCUGCCAAGUAUAUAUUUCAAAGCCAUUUCUUAUUGACGGAUACAAAUUUGAUUUAAGAGUUUAUGUGCUGAUAACAUCUUGUGAUCCUCUAAGAAUUUAUAUUUAUAAUGAAGGAUUGGUUAGAUUUGCAACUAGCAGAUACAAAGAACCCAAUGGAAUUAAUAUUAGUAACGUGUUCAUGCAUCUCACAAACUAUGCUGUAAACAAGCAUAGCAGAACCUAUAAUUCGGACAGUGAAGGUGGCAGUAAAAGAAAAUUAUCGUGGCUUAAUAAUUAUUUGCAUAGCCUUCAACAUGAUGUUGAAGCUAUCUGGUAUAGAAUAGAUGAUGUUAUUAUUAAAACAGUAAUUAGUGCGUAUCCUGUACUAAAGCAUAGUUAUUCAGCUUGUUUUCCCAACCACGAUGUUGUACCAGCAUGUUGUGAACUACUGGGGAUUGAUAUUCUUCUAGAUAAAAGACUAAAUCCUCAAGUUUUAGAGGUAAAUCAUUCGCCAAGUUUUCACACAGAUACAGAGCUAGACAUUGAAGUAAAAGAAGCCUUAUUAAGCGACAUGUUUGCCAUGCUGAACCUUGACAAAUGCGAUAAACGUAAGGUAAUGAGAGAAGACAGAAAAAGAAUAAGAGAAAGACUUGUAAACGGAAUAAACUCUAAGGAUAAUUCAACUGAUCAUAUUAAAAUAUUUACAGAAUAUUUUAAAUUAGAAAUGGCAAAUAGGGGUGGAUUUAGGCUUGUGCAUCCAUGUACUAAUACAGAGCAUAUAUACACAAAAUUUUUCGACCAGUGUCAGAAUUCUAUAUACUCUGAUACUGCAUCUAGUCGAGCCAGAGAAGCAGCUCAGAAUGCCUUAAGGGAUGAGAUGCAACUCAAAGCAAAACUGGAAGCUUCCAAGAGGAUUACUUCUAAAUUUAAACCUCUUAUCGAAAGUCCUACAUUGAGUAGUAUGAAAUCCUCUUCAGUUACAACAUCGCUGCCACUACAUUUGAAACACACUUUGAGCAACUCAUUUGAUGCUCAAAUGAUUGUCGAAAUUGAAGAAAAAGAAAGGCUGCAGAAGCUAGCACAAAGAGAUUAUCUCGUAAGAAGUCAAGGUAUUCUCGAGUUGAUUUAUUUCUCAAUGAAAAAGAACAAUAUUUUAAGACCACAAGAUGAAAGGAAGUAUGCACUAUUUGACAAAAUACGAAAUGCGUGUGAUGUAGUUAAUAAGCAGUUUACACAAGGACCAGAAAUAUCAGAUAUGUUAGCAGGAUUUACUGAAAAGGGUGCAGGCGAGUGUUUAUCUGCUCAAAAGGAGAUGUAUUUUUGGCGCACAAAUAAAGAGAAGGCUCCGAAUCAUACCGAAAAUGUUUAA